AUGGCAGCCCGCAACCCAGGGCCAAUCAUUUUGGACCCUCCGUUCGGAUUUCCUUCCUUCAAGAACUGGGUCCAGCGCGACUCUCUAUCGCGUCGUCUCUUUCGCGAGUCGGAGGUGAACACCCGCGUUUACAAGGUUGUGUACCGUAACAUGGGAUUAAAGGGGCACAUACCAAUAGACAACAAGGUGGGACUGUACCGGGUUCGGAUGCGUUGCAUUUUCGGCGGAUACGGCCACGGUGUGUUUAGGUUCACCCGCAUGUCCAAGAUGGCCUUUCAGCAGGUGGCACGGGAAGGCUGGCUGCGCCGAUAUGGCUACCGUCCGGACUUGUUCCGAUGA